AGGGACACUGUGGUUUUCUAAGAAGCACCAUACUUAAUAAAAGUUUGUAAGGUUUAGAGGAAAUGGAUGAAUACCAAUAUCCGUUGUUCUUUGAAGCGAAAGAUACGACCGACAAGGAAAAGGACAAAAUCAGGCGGCACUUCCAGAAAAGACGAGAUUCUGGGGGAGGUGAAUGUGGGACGAUCGAAAGUGCUGGAGGAAACGUAUAUAGAAUCUGUUUCAGGGAAAAAGAAGACCAGGAAAGGGUUUUGCUUAGGAAGUUUCAUACUAUCCUCCUUCCUUGUGGUGAACUACGUCUGACCGUGAGCCGGAACAAUCCGCCUCCGUCCCUUGAUCAGCCGUCCACCAGCCAAUCAGCGUCCACCAGCCAAUCAGCGUCCACCAGCCAAUCACAGACAUUCACAAAAGCAGAAACAAAAAGCCUUGAGAAGAUAUUCAGGCUAGAUAUUUUCCUCUUGAAUUUCCUGAGAGACAACUUUAAAGCAUAUAAAGUCUUACUGAAGCAACUCUCUACUAUUGGCUGCACAUUGGAGUUAGAUUUUGAUGAAGAAGAGGCAGUGGUUAGGGGGGAUAUUGAGAAGGGGCCUGGAGGAGCCUUUGGUUCAGCAGAGAAAUGGGAGAUACAGGUGGAUCGGGUCUUCAUCUGGCUCACUGAGUGCUACAUCUGUUAUCAUGUGGUUGAGACAAAUAAAGCCAAAAUCCUACUGCAGGACCUCUCCUUUGUGAGAGAUGAUAUCAAAGUGUACAGAGAUGGUGGUUAUCCUGUGGUUGUGGGAGAAGUUCAGGCUAUAAAUGAAAUCAUUACAAAAUUGGAAAAGAGCCUGCCAACACGGAAGGAAUUACCAAUUGUGGAGAAGCAGUUCAAACUGGUAGAAGAAGAGUUUAAAGGAGAAAUGCGCGCACAUUACCCAGAAGUUAAAAUCCUCACAGUCAACGCCAUCAUCAUCUUGGAGGGCCCUGACAUGGAGGUGCAGUCAGGAGCUACGAAGCUUUAUGAACUAAUUAAAAAGGUAAAGCAAAAGCGGGUUAAGGUCUGCCCAGCUUUAAUGAGUUUUAUACCAUCAAGCGGUGCCAUCUCCAAGUACCAGGCCCGCUUCCAGCAGAGCUUCAGAAAUCCUGUUUCCCUAGAGGUGGAGUCUGACCUGGUGCUGUCCAGUUUGUCCUCUAGCUCCCUAGAUGAGGCCGAGGCAGCGGUGCAGAGAGACUUUGCUGUGGCCAAUGUGCAGCUGGAGGGAGCUGCAGCUGUAACUCCAGAUCUAGAUAGAGUGAAGGAAAUCCUCAUCAAAGCCAAGAACGAGGCAAACAUUGGAGAGUUCAGGGUGGACGUCAGCUUCAUCCCGGGACCCAGUGGAACCGCAAGCACCAAAGUACAGCUGGUGGGCUACAGCGAAAACGUGAACAAGCUCAAAGAGGUUCUGCAUGACUACCAGAUCAACCAAGUCUGGACACAAGAAUUGCUAAACCUACCGAAUCCUAAUCUGAUCGACUGUUUCGAUAGGAUUGUGAACCUGAUAGGCAUGAAGCAGACUGGGGUGACCUUGAAAGCCUCUCAUUCGCCAUACCCUUGCGUGCUCGUGUCCGGUCCACGUUGUGAAGUCAAGAAGGCCCAGCAGAGCCUAACCUCAGUUCUAGCCAGUCUGGCGUCCGACACUGUGGCUCUACAUGGACCAGGGGCUCAGCGGUACUUCCAAGCAGAAGGUAAAGUGGGCAAGGAGUUGGUAGAGAGCUCCUGUCAGGUGAUCAUCAAGGAACAACCAUGUGUGCCGAUACCAAAUGUGAAAACUGAACCGCGAAGAAUGAGCAACGUCAUCAGCAGCUUGGCAUCCAGACUCCUCACCAGAUUGCCCUCCAAAACUAUUGGGAGCACGCCGGCCAUUAAGACGAGACUGGAGAUCAAGCUUGACAGUUUAGUGGAUACGCAGGUGAAUGUGAUGGUGGUGCCCAUGCUUAAAAAGGACCUAACUUCUACCAAGAUUGGUAAAUGUUUGAUGGAAAAAACCAGGAACGCAAUCAACUCAAAGUUUGAGUCGAAGGCAGCGAAAUGUACUGUUGCCCCUGGUGACGUUCUGCAGGUGGAUGCGCCUCCAUCCCUGGGCUGCUCCACGCUCUUCUUCAUUGAGUGCUUGCCAUGGGAUGGAGUCAGAGGACAGAGUGUGAAGGCGCUUGGUGACGGGCUGAAGAGGUGUUUGGAUCUUUGCGUACAGAAGGCCUUUCUCACGGUGGCCUUUCCAGUUAUCGGACCGGGAAUUGUUUUAAAAUACCCGAUGAAAGAAGCCGUUCAAGUGCUGACUGAGAACAUUCACCAGUUUGGUUUAUCUGCAUCCUCUGGGUCUCUCUCCACCAUCCAGGUCAUCAUUAAACCAGACUAUCCUGACUCUGAGGAGUGCUACCAUGAUGUCUACAGGCAGCUCAGCUCAAUUAUGAACCAGGGAGGACAAGCAAUCUUCAGCUCCCUCACCAGUGACCUCGAUGACAUCAGCAUGACAGUGGGAGGCGGGGUUAAACUACAGCUGGUGUUUGGUGACAUCACUAACGAGACUACGGAUGCUGUGGUGAACACGACCGACUUUGUUAACCUUCACAACAACGGAGUUUGCAAAGACAUCUUAACCAUAGCUGGACCAGAGGUGGAGGCUGAACUUAAAGCAGUAAAAGAGACCAAAGGAGUUUAUAUAUCCCAACCGGGAUUGUUCCCCUGUCAAGCCAUUUUACAUGUCUGUGGUCAAAGGGACGCAGUCGUGAUCGAACAACGGGUGUGUAGCAUCGUGGUAAAAUGUGCAACAUUGAGGUUCAAAUCUGUCGCCAUUCCUGCCAUCUGUGCUGGAACUGGUGGGUUGGACCCGGGUAUCGUGGCAGGUGCCAUCCUCCGAGGGGUCAAAACUGCCAUAACGUUGAAUCCUCUUUGCUGUCUCACUGACAUCCGCCUCGUCCUGAUUAAGAUCAAUGUCUUCUUGGCUUUUAAAGAGGAAGCAAUGCAAAUGUUUUCCACUGCUGCAAUCAACAGAGUGCCAGUACCUCAGAUUCCUAAUCUGCAACAACAACAGCAGCCCCCUUCGCCUGUGGGCGCAGAUCUAAAUAUCGUCCUUACCAGCUCCGUAAGUCAGCAGUCCGUCUUCCACGUCCUGGGUCUCUGCAGACAGGAUGUUGACGAUGCCAUAACAAAGCUGAAGGGUCUGUAUCAGGCUCAGUGCUCCACUCAUACCUUCAAAAAGGAGGAGCUGAAAGGCCUAACCCAGGACGACAUGAAGGAUCUGAAGCAGCUGGUGGAGACCGAGGGUCUGUACGUGCAGAAGGACCAGUUCAGCCAGGGCGACUUAACAGUGAGUGGGUUAAAAGACAAGGUCAAGCCAGGUGAUGCAGAUGAUUAACGCCUCUC